UUUUUUCUGUUUGACAGGUAGUUGUUCGUGUCAGACGUACCGGAACGGCGACGUGUACUACUUCACGUUACACAUUCUAGAAAAUUUAUCGAGGGCCAGAGUGUGGCGUUAUGCUGUAUUUAUGAAUAUUAGAUUCAAAUCGUUUGUAGCCAAUUUUGUCUAGUUACAUCAUGAACGAAGCUGCCGUUCCAUGUCCUGUUGAAGAUGUCCAAGGGGAUAAUAGAUGGAUGAGCUUGCACCAACGGUUUGUUUUGGAAACGAAAGAAAGAGAACCUGAAAUCCUGUUUGUGGGUGACUCACUCAUCUCUCAUCUCAUCUACACCGAUAUGUGGGAAACAAUGUUUGCUCCUCUACAUCCAUUAAAUUUUGGCAUUGGAGGGGACCAAACACAACAUGUACUCUGGCGCCUAUCUAAUGGCGAGUUGGACAACAUAAAGCCCAAGGUUGUCGUCUUACUCGUCGGUACCAAUAAUCACGGCCAUACUGCCGACAUGAUUGCCGACGGCAUCAUGGCUGUUGUCCAUCUCAUCCGAGACAAACAACCCCAAGCGCACAUCAUCGUUAUGUCGCUGUUGCCCCGUGGUCAUCUGGUAAAUCCUCUUCGUCAGCGCAACGCCCAUGUCAAUGAGUUGCUGGCCCAGAAGCUGACGUUGAUGACUCGGGUCCAGUUGGUCAAUACGGCACCGGAUUUUGUCUUGCCCGAUGGCACCAUCUCGCACUUGGACAUGUACGACUAUCUCCACCUGACGCCCAACGGCUACCGCAAAGUCUUCGAGCCUUUACACGACCUCCUCUUGCAACUGUUGGCCGAAUCCGACGAAGCGGAUGAGACCAAUAACGCCCAAUCGCUUCUUCACAAAGGACCUUGAUUCUUUUCUUCUUUUCACUCCUCACACACACACACACACACUAGACUUUAGAUAUUCUACUAUCUCGCCUACACUCGACAGCAAUCAUGCAGCAGUUGCUGCCUCCAACACAGCCGAAGAAAAUUAAAUAGACCAUUAUUUUUUUUUUUUGCCCUAUUCUUGGCUAUUAAAUCAAAUCUCUUCUUUGAUGGUUCUCUUUAAGGUGCGAUAUUUGUUCCGCCUUUUUUUUUUUUUUUCUCUGCCGAAUGAUUUGCUCUACUGUGUUAAAACUAAUACGUUUAAUUUGGCGCUGUGUCAUUGGUACGUGUGUGUAUCGCUCCAACAGAUUGCCUUUUUUUUGGUUUUUUUUUCCUUGUUGUUUCUUUUAUGGAAAUGCCGCACUGUGAAUGGACAUAUUAUAAAUAGAUCUCUAAUGAAGAGAUGAGAAGCCUUUUUUUUUUUUUUAAAUCUUUAUUAGCAUUAUUUUAUUUCCUAUAUAAACUAAACUAUAAAAAAAAAAAAAAAAGAAAUCUUCCUUUUGUUUUUGGCUUUCGUGUUUUUCCUCUUGGCUUGCUCUUUGUAUUGUACAUAAUCGGAUUUGUGUUUUUGUUCCGUGUAUAUGUGUGCAUGUCCCAACCACUCUGGAAGAGUUAUUCGACCGGGGAAGGGAGGGCGGCAACGGGAUUUUGUGUCUUUGCUGUUCGUUGUCUCUAUUUUUAUUCCUUUUUUUGCAGGCUUCAGCAAGAAAGCAAAGGCAAAGAGAGUUUCUGAUCUGUGUUCGGGGUGUCGUAGCGUGUGUUCAAUCAGUUCUUUUCGAGGAAAAAAAACAAAACAAAACAAAAAAGACUUUUAAAAAGAGAUAAAAAAAAAAGGGGGGGGGGGACGAAACGGAGCCUUUUGUUUCUCGGCCCUUUUUAUUCAAGCGUGAUUCUUCGUAGCAGGAUACUCAACCCCAUAGGAGGGAGAAGAAAAACGCGCUGGGACAGAUCAGAAAAGUUGUUGUUUGUUUGAAAAAAAAAAAAAAAGUCUUUUUUUAUGUUGGGGUUAUUGUUACAGCACCGUCAAAUAUGUAUUGAAUCAUCAUUUAUACAGAUGCGAAAAGUGUUCAUCAUUACACGCGCUUCUAUAUCCAGUAAUUCUUUUGUUCUUCCGUUCUCUAUGGCCGAGGACAAAGGGGGGAAAAAAAUAACCCAAAUAAUUAGCAAUCAACUUCGUCCUUUUUUUUUAAAUCUUUUUCUUCCUUGCAAAUGACACACCGUUUGGGGGAUUGGGAUGAAAGGAGAUAUGACACAUAUACAACCACUGCCUUAUUGUAAUAAUUAUACACAUUGACAAUUUUUGCUUCAA